AUGGCCGCGCCGAGCCUGUUCGGCAGCCGGCCGAAGAAGCCCAGGGGCUCGGCCGCGGCGACCAAGCGGGAUGAAGCGGCCGCGAAAGCCAUCCUCUUCCACAAGGCGGUGAAGGAGCCGCCGCUGGGUUUCCGUGUAAGUACUGCCUUCAUCUCGGCUCCGUUCUCUCUUGAGAAGGUGGCCGCCGCCUCCAUCGUGGGGUCGGCGGAGACUUCCCCCACCACUCGACGGAUCAAUCCGGCCGUCGACCUCCGGGAGGCGACGGAGCAGAAUGCGUGGGAAGCGCGCAAGGAGCAGGAAGCCGCCCGCCUGGAGAAGGCGGAAGCAGAGAAGGCGGAGGCUGCCGCCCUGAAGAAACUGGCGGAGGCCGAGGCAGCCGACGCGGCGAAGAAGCAGGCCGAGGAGGCCGCGCGCCGCCAGUCGGCGAUAUUCGUCACUCCCCUUAACUCCGCGCCGCCACCACCGGAGUUCGUGGCGCAGACUGGGGAAGCUGGCGGCGAGCACCCUGUCAUGGAGAGGGACAGCGGCGACGUCGCCAUGCCGGACGUAAUCGUGCCUCCAUCGCCACCGUCCGGGAAUGCGCAAGGCGAGCAGCCGGCAGACCCGCCAGUGCCGCCAGCCGGAAACGAGGUGGUGACGGGCCCGACUCCUGAGGUCCGCGCACCAACGCGCCGCCGGCUUGCAAAGGCGGCUUCGGCGCCACGCCUGCUGGAGACCGGCACUGCAAGCUCCUUGAUCCCGGACACCGAGGCGACCAGCGCCGCGCCCACUGGGUGGGUGCGGGGAGGCGUGACGGGCCCUCUGAACAAGGCGAUCCUGGAUGUUCAAGCCAAACUCCGCGCCGAGGCCGACGCUAUCAAGCACUGUAAUAAGGCGUUCCUGGAAUCGCGAGAGGCCAUCCUGGAUUAUCAUAACCUCUGUGCAGCCGCCUUCAACUUCAAAGUCCAGGAGUUGGAUCAAUGUGCUGUCGACUUGUUAGAGAGCCGGAAGGCCAAUGCCGUCUUGCAACAGCAGCUGGGCGAAGCCAACACCGCGCUGCGCGCUAAAGAGAUGGAGUGCGGCAAGCUGCCUGAAGAACGUGAACGGCUGGUCGCGCAACUAGUGGAGCAGGCGGAGCUUCUCAAGAAGGCCCAGAAGGAGGUGGAGGACAAGGAGACCAGCCUCCUUGCUGAGUUCGCGACCGAACGCUCCACCUGGACUAACAAGGAGGCGAUGCUGACUUCCAGCUUUCACGAGAUUGAAGACAUAGUUGAUGACUUCUUCCCUGGUCAUUCUGACGCCGCCAAUCAGGCCAUUAGAGCUGAUCGCGAAGGACGGAGGGCGGAAGGCGCACAGAUCGCUGCCGACGCCCCCCAAACCCUUAGCGAGCAGCUCCUGAACAUCGAGGAGGCCCAGAAGGAGCUGGUGGCCGUGGAAGAGGACCUUGUCAAGCGUGCGGCGGCAAUCGCCGAGUACACCAACACCAGCGUCUUCAUCCCGGAGCGGGCCGAGAACGGCGCCGAGGCGCCACCAGAAUGUUUCUUUGCGGCAAAGUCCACGCCGUAG